AUGUCAGCACAUAACAUUACCCCAAUCCGCGAGGAUGAGGUCGAGAGUACCACGUCAGCAAUCGCCGACACUCCUUUCAUCAAGGAGGAGGUCCAUGUCAAUAUCAACAUGGCAGCAAAAACCGCUACUCCCGUCGGCGAGGAGGAGGGCAAGACCUCCAGCUCAGCAAGUACCAUGGUUCCUAUCCGUGAGGAGGAGGAGCUCGAUGGUGAAAUGAUGGUUAUCGGCUAUUUCUUCCAAGUCCCAUCUGUAAAAUGGCAUCCUAAGCUCGAGAUGAUGAGCAAAGCUGGUUUGACUCAAGGGCAGUAUGAGCAGAAAGUCUUGGCCCAAGAAUUCGAUAUUCCUGAAGAGGUAGACGAGUUCAUCAGCAUCGACUGCCCAGACAUGCCCUGGGGCGUCAGCCGAACCUUUACAGUCCAGCGCUCCGCUCUCCUGCGCUCUCCUGUUCUGGCCGAUUUCUUUGCAUCUCUCGACUACCUGCCUGGCUGCAAGAUGAACCUCCAUUUCAUGAAUGAUCCUGGCGUCUGCUUUGACGUUAUCCAGACCUAUCUCGAAAACGGUCCCGACUGCUACCCCUUGCGGAGACUGAAGGUCUAUAUCACUCGCCUGACUAAGGACGCUGACCGCUUCAUGGUUCUCAUUCGUCUCUACAAGUUCGCGAUAAAGCUCAAGUUGAUCCACCUUAAGAUUAUGGCCUUCGAAGUGAUUCAUGACUUGGAAUGGGAGAUGUCUGCUGAAUGUUGUCCCAAGAUCGCCCAGUUGGUUUUCGCUCAACAGUCUCCCUACGACGACAAUAUUAAGGCUUGGAUUCUCAAGCACAUCGGCCACUUCCACAAGAAGCUGAGCAGAUCCAAUACAUGGGCUGCGCUCGUGCCUAUCUUGGACCCCGAGCUCGGUCAACACUGGGCUAAUAUGAACAUAUCCGGAAUCCGCGUCCUCUCGAUGAUCGCGGAAGAAGCGACUGACAAGGCUGUUUCUGAUGUACUGGCUCGUUUCUCUUCGCCUGCUAAGAAUAGCGCUGUAUCCGCUAUCGAAGGCCCACCCAUGUCUACUUCACCGACCAAGUCUGAAGCAUCUACUCAGACUGAUGACUCCUCUCUCACUGAAGUCCCCAAUAAGACUGAGCCAUCUACCUCACAAAAGGUAGGGGUGGAGAAGACCAAUGACGCCGCGCCCAAGGGAAGGAAGCAUAGAAGAUCGGGGUCCACGAUGAACAACAACCAAUUCAUCAUUGGUAUGCACAAGGAAUGGGUUGUCACCUGCACUCCUACCAAGCGUUCUAAGCUGAGCCCAACCUCCACCAAGUCCGCGUUCCCCACCAUGUCCAAGUCAGAAGUCGAGAAGACCAGCGCGGAGAUCUCUCAUGCACAGAACUCCGAGCGAUCGCCGCCCACCAUCACUGUCUCCCAAUACGAGAAAGGAGCAUCCGCGGGAUCAAAGCGCAAGACGGCACCCGCCAUCAAGUCAGUCGAGCAAUACAACGAAGACCUACGCAAGCAGCAGGAGCUAGAAGAUAACGAGUGGGAGGACGAAGAAGAGGAAGCCGCGAUCCUAGAAGCCAUCCGCUCCUUCGGAGCCACGCCGCGCGACGAUUCCAAAGCCCGUGAAGUCCUGGGUCUUCCCGAGCGCCGCGCUAGCAUCCACGCUGCUCCUCGCCCAUACGAUGAGAACGCCAAGGCGCGUCGUGUCUUGGGCAUCAACGACGAUAGCGGAGGGUACAUUGCUGGGCGGAAGGAAACUCGGAUGAUGAGGGUCAAGAAGAGCUUGACCAAGUUCAACGACUUGCUCAACCCUUGA